AUGGUGAAGGCACGAAAGUACGUUGUGACCAAAAUUUUUCAAGGUCAACCUAAACGCAGCGAUUAUGAACUCGUCGAAGAAGAACUGCCUCCUUUAAAAGAUGGAGAGGUCCUCGUCAAAGCUGAAUGGAUUAGCGUGGACCCAUAUCUUCGAGCUUACAAUCGUGAAUCACCGACACCAUACGACCAAUUCGGAUUCCAAGUUGGCGUAGUUCAAGAAUCCAAAGAUCCCAAAUAUCCAGUUGGCUCUAGAGUAGUCAGCCAUAAGGGUUGGCGCGAUUACGUCAUUUUAAACAUGAGUGCACCAUUUCCAAAUCCUGCAACGAGACACUACAAAUUGCCUGAUAUAGGCAAUUUGUCACCUUCGCUAGCAGUUGGAGCAGUGGGAAUGCCUGGAGCAACCGCGUACAUAUCAUUUUUCGAAAUCGGAAAACCGAAAGCUGGAGAAACGGUUGUUGUGACUGGUGCGGCUGGAGCAGUCGGUUCUUUGGUGGGCCAAAUAGCAAAAAUCAAAGGUUGCAAUGUGAUCGGCUUUACUGGAUCUGAUAAAAAGGCUCAAUCUCUAAAGGAGGAACUAGGAUUCGAUGCAGCAUAUAACUACAGAACAGUGGAUGUUAGGAAAGUAUUAAAGGAAGCUGCACCAAAUGGCGUAGACAUCUAUUUCGAUAACGUUGGUGGAGAAAUAAGCAGCACGAUCAUGUACCAGAUGAAUAACAAAGGAAGAGUUAUUGUUGUUGGUAGUAUUAGCGCGUAUGACUCCGAUCCCAGUGAUUUACCGAAAGUAACUAUAUUGCAACCUGCGAUUUUGUUCAAAGGGCUGAAAGUCGAGGCUUUCUUGAUAUGGAACUCGAGUCAGGAUGAAUGGAAUAAAGCAUUCGCUGACAUCGUGAAGUGGAUCCAGAGUGGACAGUUGAAAGCAAAGGAACAUAUCAGUGAAGGCUUCGACAAUAUAUUUGACGUUUAUAUUGGUAUGUUAACCGGUGAUAAUUAUGGAAAAGCUGUUAUUCGCGUUUAGACUUAUUAUUUAAAAUUAA